UAAACGAGAGCGAGAGCGACAGCGCGAAGUUUUAUGGCCAAAGCUUAACAUCGUAACUGUCGUCACAUCGCCCUCGCGUUAGUCGAACGGGAAACGAAGUUGCAUACGCAACAAAUUAUUCGGUCAGCGGGUCGCGGCUGUUGUGCGUAGUAAUUGUAGUUGUGCGUGGCAAGGCAAAGCAAAGGCAAAAGCAAAAGCAGAGGCCAAAGCAAAGCUUGUGUUUUUGUUUAUAUUCACGGACACUCACUGCACACACACCUAUAUAGCCAUCACAUAUACACGCACCAUAUCAUUAAAUGCAAAUUCUCUGCUUGAGUGUUUAGUGACGUCACGAAUUUGAUCACAGCGCCGCAAAUAGGAAUUUUUUUUACUUUUUAACGCAACAAUGAUGAACCAAGGCGCCUUCAGGUAUUUGGUGCGUCACUGCCAGACGCAGUCAAUGAUGGCACCAAUGAUAACAAACAGCAGCUGCUUCCAACGACGACUCACCUUCAUGGUGGCAUGCAACAGCAAUAGCAACAGAUAUAACAAAUAUGUGCGACACCAACAACUUCCCACCGAGAGGCGUAGUUACUCCAAAUUUAGUCACCACCUGAAUAGUGAGCGCGCCAUGGAGCUGCUGUACAACUUGGAUGAGGAGGAGCGCCACAAUCUUCGCGAUGCCAUGUUCAAAAUGGACGCUGAUAAGGAGAAGAAAUUAUACGAAAUGGAAGCAGCGGAGCCUCCCACGGCAGCACAAUUGUACAGAAUUUUCUUUGUGAACGCUGUGCCCUUUAUCGCAUUUGGAUUUCUUGACAAUUUUAUAAUGAUCAUGGCCGGCGAGUACAUCGAAAGCUAUUUGGGCCACUUUAUAACGUUAUCGACCAUGGCCGCCGCUGGUUUUGGCAAUACCAUCAGUGAUAUUAUUGGCAUUACCACUGCUUCGUAUGUGGAAGAUAUCUGUCAGAUGUUGGGUCUGAAACAACCUCGAAUGACACCUGCACAAUUUGAGUUAAAGUCCAGCAAACGAGCCUCCAGUUGGGGUCGAAUUAUAGGAAUCACAGUUGGUUGCCUUCUCGGCAUGUGUCCCCUGUGGUUUAUAUCUGAAGAUGAUAAACCGAAGGAGUAAACUGGGUAUCUUAAUACUUAUGUAGUGAAUUUGUCAAUUUUCAGGUGGUGUCCCGGAAAUCUCAAUCCGAACGCAAUCCUAUUUUAAGAAUGUAAUUAUGAAAUUUCUACGAAAAAUAAAUUAUUUGUUGUAUUUUUAAA